AUGAUCUUCAUGGAUGCAGAUGCAGUCUUCCGAUACACCCACCUCCCCCUCGAGUGGUUAUUCAACUACUGGAAUCUCGCCAACGAAACACUCAUCGCGAUGCCGCUCGACCCGUCCAUCCCCCUAAACGAGGACGAACGCGGCAAUAUAGCUUUCAACACUGGCUUUAUCAUCGCACAGUCGCACCCACGCACCGUUGAAUUGUUCGACGCGUGGGAGGACUGCGUCAGCGGCCGGCACUUCGACAGGUGCUCUAAGUGGCGCUAUGAAUGGAGCCACGAACAGGCUGCGUUCAGCAACUACAUGCGCUACGAAUACAACGCGCCCAACGAAAUCCUCAGCCUGUCCUGUACCGAAGCAAAUGGAUACCCUCAACGGGCUGAUCAGAGAUGUCUCGGUGAGUUUGUGCGCCAUUUCUGGCUCGAUAAACCCCUUGUUGUUGAUGCCUUUCGGCAUGCCGUUGCGCGCUACACUGCCCCGAGUUUGCAUGGGUUAUUUCAUGCCAAUUUGGGGGAUAUUUUUGUUGACGCGACGAAUACGACACUACCGCUGCAGGAGGACGAGAUGGUUAUCGUAUGA